AUGUCCAUCCCGGACGCACCGACGCGCGCCCGCCCCCGCGGAUUGUGGAAGGGGCGUGGGACUCCUAAACCCAAUAAGGACUUUAAUUUGGACGACCAUCGGCCUGCUAAACGCCAGCGACUUGAUAACGCCAGCGACGCUAGCAGCGACGACCUAGGAUAUUAUAUUAUCGAGUGCACUCCCGAACCCUCAAAUCACUCUGACGACGAAGACGAGGAGAUGGACUCACCCGACACUGUGGUUGACCCUGAAAACUUCGCCAUGUGGGAGCAGCUGAAGGGAUCGUUUGCGACCGUCGUUGAGCAGUACGAGUCCGACAAUGUCGAUGAAACGCUUUCGUUGCUACGUGGCGUGCUAGACGAGUGCCACCGAUUUCUGCGUUUGUACAAAGAUCCCUCGGUCCUCUUUGCGACACCUGGCUCCCGCACUCCCGAAGCAUUGCCCAGCUCACCUGCGAACAAGCCCCCGAGAAAAUGCAAGUGCCGCGAGUCUCCGACCGCGUUCCAUGCGUUGCUCGGUACGGCGCUCUUCCUCAUGGGCAAUCUAGUGGCCCAGGACCCGUCGAUCGUGCUGCCCAAAGAACCAGUGGACGCAACAACGUACUGGCUUGCGGCAUUGGAUGUCUUCGAGAUGGGGGAGAACCUUCCAAGCCGAACGAGCGGACGCGGCUGUGAAGCUCCAGAAGAUUGGCGGAUGGCCCUCGUAUGGGGCCGUACGCUUCUCUGCGUGGCUGACGCCGCACUGCGCCUGCAGCAGCAGCAGCAGUCACUCGUCCAUCCCCAGUCCAUGCCCCCAGAACCCAAGUGGCCGUCGUCAUCGACUUCCGUUUUCGCUGUCAUUGCCAUGCGGCGUUCUCCUGCGUGCCGCCGAGUUAACCUCGCCUCCACUCCGCCAGACGAACUGCUGCUGCUGGCCAUGGAUCAUUUCACGCGCGGGAUCUUCCUCAUGCCGCAUGCGAAUCCGCCGGCGCAGAACCUCGGAGACCGAUACGUACAUCCGCCGCCUUUCAGCCGGUCAGCAGAGCUCUUCACAAUUGCGCACGAGGUGCUCUCUAUCGCCGAACGCUUGUCCGAGUCCUCGGAGCGGAUGCGGUGGGCGACGUGGGCGGACAGCGUGUUGAAUCAGGUGCCCACUCAGACCAGCGUCGUGGCCAGAGCACGGGGUCGGUGCUGGCUGGUCGUGGGGACAGCUCAUGUCGAGGCGCUGGAGGCCCUGGCCGAGACGCAGGGCUGGAACUCGCAGGACUCGCUUGAAGGGGUGCUAGAUUGCGAGGAUGCAGAUGAUACCCGAGAGGCUCUGGAGCGUGCCGUCGAGUUUUUUGAGCGCGCUACGGCGGAUGAGACACCUGCCGGCGAGGACGAGCAAGAUUCCGAGCUGCUGGUGCUGUAUACCGAGGCACUGCUCACGCUGGCCAAUUUCUCAAAAGACGAAGCAAAACAGGAGAUGCUUUAUCAGCGAGCAGCGUCUUUGGGUGUGUCCCUGGAGGGCAUGGACGUGGAUGAGGCGUAG